GCCCUCUACGCCCUGGUGAACCUGGUGAUCUUCUACCCUGCUGCCUCGGCCUGGACAUGGGUGGCGUUCAUCUUCAGCUUGGUGGUCUACGGCACCAGCUACAGGUCCAUGAGCUCCAUGGCCAAACCAUCUUUUGCAGACGAUGGCAGCCUCGCUGACGGGGGGAUUGACCUGAAUAUGGAGCAGGGGAUGGCAGAGCACCUCAAGGACGUGAUCCUACUGACGGCGAUAGUCCAAGUGCUGAGCUGCUUCUCGCUCUACGUCUGGUACUUCUGGCUCUUGGCUCCGGGCCGCGCUCUUUACCUCCUGUGGGUGAACAUCCUGGGGCCCUGGUUGGCAGCCGACUCUUCGCCCGCCGCUCAGGAACCGAACGAGAAGAAACAACGCCGACAAGAACGCCGCCAGAUGAAACGCUUCUAG